CCUGCCUGGAGCUCCCAUCAACUAGCCGCAACACAAUCACUUGCGCAACCUGCCAUCACGAGAGCACGCGACGUACCAUCCUCCAAACAACCACACACCUACCACGCCACCGUAUAGUACCACUCGUCGUCAACGAUGCCAGCGACCACAGCGGAGACGCUGCAACUCGUCAACCGCACUGUGUCCGUAGCGCCUCUCGUCCUCCUCUCGGCAGCAGAUCAUUAUGGCCGCUCGGCAAAAGGCACGCGGAAACGUGUUGUAGGAGUGCUGCUCGGUCAGAACGAUGGAAAGAGCGUGAGAGUAUCGAAUAGUUUCGCUGUUCCAUUCGAGGAAGAUGAGAAAGAUCCCUCAGUAUGGUUUCUGGACCACAACUAUGUCGAGUCGAUGAACGACAUGUUCAAAAAGGUCAACGCGCGGGAGAAGCUGAUCGGCUGGUAUCACUCUGGGCCGAAGCUGAGGGCCAGUGAUCUGGAGAUCAACGAGUUGUUCAAGCGAUACACAGCCAAUCCUCUUCUGGUCAUCAUAGACGUGCAGCCGAAAGAAGUGGGCGUGCCGACUGAUGCCUACUUCGCUGUGGAAGAGAUCAAGGACGACGGCACAACCACAUCGAAGACCUUUGUACACACACCGAGCACGAUCGAGGCAGAAGAGGCAGAAGAGAUUGGCGUCGAACACCUUCUACGCGAUAUCCGCGACGUCGCUGUGGGCACGCUCAGCACACGGAUAACAAGUCAGCUGCAAUCGUUGCAAGGUCUCCAUUUGCGGUUACAGGACAUCGGAAAAUACUUGCAGAAAGUCCUCGAUGGCGACCUUCCUGUCAACCACGCCAUUCUUGGCAACCUACAAGACGUGUUCAAUCUGCUCCCCAAUCUCUCCACACCCAAGGAGGCCGGCAAGGACUUGCCCUCACUCAACGGCAUUGUGAAUGGUGCUGUGGGAGUGACGGGUGGAAACACUGAGAACUCGGAACUUGCUCGCGCCAUGAGCAUCAAGACCAACGACCAGCUCAUGUCGAUCUACCUAUCCAGUCUGAUACGAGCCAUUACCGCCUUCCACGACCUCAUCGAGAACAAAAUUCAAAACAAGCGCCAACAGGAAGACGAGGACGCGAAGAAAGAUGAGGACAAGAAGGACAAGGAGCUGAAGAAGGAAGAGAAGUUGAUGCUCAACGGCACAUCGGAGAAGACAGAUGACUCCGCGAAGGAAGGGGCCAAGAAGGAUGACAAGGGCAAGAAGAAGGGAUGAGGAAGAUGUCCAAACAUUCACGAUAAACGCAAUACCGAGCAUUAGCGACGGCGUCAGGAGGUUUGCGGUCUGGGAAUGCGCAGCUCACGCGCUACCAGCAUACCGCAGAUGGCCGAUCACAUUGUAUUGAGUAUGUACAUUACUGCGGAAAGACGAGCCACGAUAAUGUGAUGCAGCUCGCCGCGGAAUGACGGUUCACGAAUAGAAACGCCGUGCAAAUGCUGCACAGCCUAGGUUCGUUACAAAAUUGACUCUCUGCGACAUGCAUUGCGCCGCCCCUGCUGAGUGCCUCUACGAUGCAUCCCAGCCACCUGCAUUAAUCCGAGAUGCACCGUGCAUGAAGACCAUUGAACAAGGAAU